GCCCACUGCUGAGCGCUCAAUAUUUAUAACAAGGCAGACACCGCCAGCAGUUCUAGCAGUUCAACUUCGCCACCACCAAAAACAAGACUUUUUUUUAUUUUUUUUUUCCCUUUUCUCUUUAUACAUUCGGACCUCACGUUUCUUUGCUGGGGAAAAGCAAUUGUGACUCCAGCCCUUUCACGAGAGCAGGAUCUCAAGUUGUAGAAAUUACUGCCUGAAGAUGUCUGCGACUCUUCUAUCUGCUUUCUACGAUAUCAACGAUUUCUUUUGCAAGAACGAAAAGUCCCUGAACAACUACAAUAACUUUAACAGUAUGCUGGACAAGAAGGCAGUGGGGACCCCUGUAACAGAUUUUGGGCCGGGAUUUCUGAGACGGCACUCGACCAGCAACUUGCAGGCGUUGGCCAACAACUCGUCCGCCAAGUAUCCCAGUUCUUUCCCCAACAUCAAGGAGUCGAGCAGCACGGCCAUGCUGAACAAAGAGAACAAGUUCCGCGACCGCUCGUUCAGCGAGAGCGCCGAGCGCCAGCACCAGCAACAACAGCCGCCGCUCAGCCCGUUGCAUUUGGUCCAGCAACAACAGCAGCAGCAGAAGGCAGCGGCCGGCGGCCAAGUCAACUCCACCCGCUACAAGACCGAGUUGUGCCGGCCUUUCGAGGAGAGCGGCACCUGCAAGUACGGCGACAAGUGCCAGUUCGCCCACGGCAUGCACGAGUUGCGGAGCCUGACCCGCCACCCCAAGUACAAGACGGAAUUGUGCCGCACAUUCCACACCAUCGGCUUCUGCCCUUACGGACCCCGCUGCCACUUCAUCCACAACGCCGAGGAGAGGAGGCAGGCGCCCUGCAAUAAUAACGCCAUCAACUCCUUCCAUCACCACCAUCAGCAACAGCCCCGGCCCAAGCUUCACCACAGCCUCAGCUUCUCCGGCUUCCCCAGCGGCUCCAGCGGACUCGAGUCCCCACUGCUGGAGAGCCCGACCUCCCGCACGCCGCCGCCGCCGCCGCCUUGUUCGUCGUCGUCGUCCUCGUCCUCCUCCUCCUCCUCUUCGUCGUCCUCGUCGUCCUGCUCGUCCUCGUCCGGCUCCAACAUGUUCUGCGAGGAGCUGCUGUCGCCCACACUGCCAGUCUGCGCCAACAACGCCUUCACCUUCUCCAGCCAGGAGCUGAGUAACCUGCUCACCCCGCUGGCCAUCCAGACCCAGCAGCUCGCCGGAGGAGGAGGCUACAGCCAGCAGCAGCCCGCUAACGUCUGCCCCCCGUCUCCUCCUUACAUCCUGAACCACAUGCAGUCGUGCCUGCGGCGGCUAGCCGAAUCCCCGGUCUUCGAUGCCCCGCCGAGCCCCCCGGAUUCACUCUCCGACCGGGAGAGCUACUUGAGCGGCUCGCUGAGUUCGGGCAGCCUGAGUGGCUCCGAGUCCCCGAGCAUGGACCCGGGCAGGCGCCUCCCUAUCUUCAGCAGGCUUUCCAUUUCCGAAGAUUGAAGAGAGAGAGAGAGAGACACAUACAUACACACACACACAAACUCCACUCUUUAUUUAACAGAACUUUAUUUACGAAUUGCAAACAACAGCAACAACAAAAGAAAUCCUGCCAAGAAAAUGCCUUCGUUAAGGAAACAAAUAUUACAGGACUUGCUCUUUUCUUUGCCUUUUUAAAAAAACUUCAUUCCAAACUUUGUUGCAAGUUGAUCUAUUUUCCAUUGCCACCUAGUGGCCCGUUUGCCUUUAUAGAGACGAGAACUGUGUUGCAGAUUUUUUUUGUCGAGCACUCGUUCGUUGAGUUAGUUGUAAUUGUUGAAAUAACUGCUGAUUGUUAAAUUUUUUUUAGCUGUUGAGUUGUUGUGAUAGCACAUCGCAGCACAACUCGCUAUAAAACUAUUUAACUUAUUUAUUAUCUCAAGAAAGUAUACAUUGGUAAUUUGUUCAUACUGUAUUUAUCGCGUAUGAUGAAAACAAUAGAUAUAUAUUCUUUUAUUAUGUUUAAAUUAUGAUUGCCAUUAUUAAUCUGCAGAAUGUGGAGUGUGUUCUUUUCACAGUAAUAUAUGCCGUUUUUGUUUUGUAACUCACUUGGUUAUUUUGUAAAUGAUAAAAUCUUAAUUUAAGAGAUUGUAUGUAAUAUUUAUUUCAUUAAUUUUUUUCCUUGUUUACGAAAUGGACGAUUGCAUGGUUUCUGUUCUAGAAAUCACUUCUUGAUGCUGUGGAAGUAGUUAGGAUUGAAGAUGGUAGGCAUUUUUUAAGAAUGUAAAGUAAUGGGAUGUUAGACCGUCCAAAGUCAGUGGUUAAAACUUCAAGUAUCAGACUUUCAUGUGGCAUUCUUAAGUCAAAGUGGCAUCAUAAGUUUUUUUUUUGUUGUAUAAAUGACACUGUGAUAUUUUUAAAGAUAAAACAAUAAAGAGCCAAAAUAUGUAGCACCCUGGACCCAGUAUUAUAUUGACAGUGCCUUCAGGGUCCAGUUGCAGAGAGAGAGUUCUUUUUUUUUCUUAACCAAAAUAACAAGCUCAAGUUUCAGAACAAACAAGCAUUCCCUUUUAAAAGUAUUUUUUUUAUAAUUGGGGGAUGUCAGUUCUCUGAAUGUAAUAGUUUUGGAGGUGAACUUAAUAUGUGUAAAGCAGCCUAUCUUCCCAGAGAAAGGAGGAUGGGAAUGAUGGACAUUGCCACCACUUUGAUUAGUGAGGGGCCACCUCUAGGUCUGAACAGUUUUUUUUUUGCAGUAAAUCUGAAAUGUCUGGAGAAUGGAACUCUGGUUUUGGGUUUUUGUUUAUUCUGGGAUUUACUAUUAAACAAAAAAAGAAGGAAAAAAAUUUCAUUUUCCAAGACAGUGGGUAAAUGAUGGUAGGUUUAGUUUGUACAUAGUAGGUACAGAUAAUGAGCACUAUGUACUCUCUUUUGACUACUUUAACAGAAGUAUCCUUUGAAUGUAACAAAAGGAAAAAAAAACUUGUUUAAAAUACUUGGGGUGUCAGUUCACUACAGAUUAAGUGUGAGACUGUAAAAUUUGUACUGUAAAUUUUUUGUAGUUCUCCCAAUAAAAUCAUUUUUGAAGAAA